GCGGGGAACAUGGCGCGUUCACUGCGGAUUAACUCUCCGCCGAGGAAAACUUUGGAAAGUGUCGACGUAACGCGCGCGUGCCGCUGAGUCGCGAGGACUCGCAGCACUCAUCACCGGGGAACCGACGGGACCGACUCCGCGGGCCGGUUUUUGGAUGGUGUCGGAGGCUUUUCCUGCCCUCCCUCACUUCUGCUGCAGCCGCCGCUGCUGCGGGAUCAAAGUUUGGAGCAGCGGGCGGAGGAUUUAGCGGGGAUGGAAAAGCCCAGAGCGAGGAAGGAGAAGUUCUCCCUUUUUGGCUCUCGCUCCACCGGCAGAGCCACCAACCCUUCCUCCUCAUCCUCUCGCUCUUCAUCUCCCGGGAUCCUCUCAGCCAAAGGCGGGAAAAGCCGGGAUCGGAUUCCCGGCUCCGGUGGUCCAGUCGCCCUGAGCAAAGCCGAGUUCUUGGAACGUGUGCGCCGCAGUAACCAGGCCUGCCAGCAGGGGGAGUUUGCGCUGGCUGUUCGUCUCUACACUGAGGCCCUCACCGCCGACCCGCAAAACUGCAUCCUGUACAGCAACCGGUCUGCGGCCUACCUCAGACUGGGACAGCAUGGCAAGGCUCUGGAUGACGCAAUCAAAGCCCGUCUAAUUAACCCCAAAUGGCCCAAGUGGAAAGUCAGAGAAUAUACUCCGAGUCCUUCAAGUCCUUUCAGAGAGGAAAGUGGGCAGUCGGAGGACUACCUCUGUCGGGACAGCUGGUUCCCAGCCAGCUCCGCUCCGCUUCCUUUCACA